AUGUUCGAAUCAUAUUACUUAAAACACCCUGCAAUCGAUUGGACAUGCCCUAGUUGUGAAAUAAACUUUCUAUCAGACAGUUUAUUCGAUGAAACUCAAACACAAAGCGAAGUAAACAAUCAAACGGAUUGUAAUACAAUGAAUGCUAAUGAUCUGGCAAACAACAUUUCCAUAACUUCACAAACAACAGAUUCUGAUGAUAAUAACUCAUUUCCAUCACAUUUAAAAGAACUCACCACACAGCUAAAUCUAUCUCUCAAGGAUCUUAAAAUUGCCCACUUAAAUAUUUGCAGCCUGAGGAACAAGAUAGACGAACUAAGAUACUUGCAAGAGACUUGCCAAUUUGAUAUAAUAGCUAUUACUGAAAGCCAUUUAGAUGCCGCCGUUGCGAACACGAAAAUAGCUAUAGACGGUCUAAAGCUCGUUCGAUUAGAUCGCACUGAACGAAAAGGGGGAGGCUGCGUACUUUAUUAUAAGGAGCACCUGAAGCUGUUCACCGCAAAGACUUGUCAGUUUCAGGUAUUGAAGCAAUUUUGCUUCAAGUCAAAUUUCCAUCUUGUUUGGCUCUGUUUUCAGUAAUGUAUACAGGCCUCCUGACAGAUAUGAUUUUUUCGACAAAAUAUAUGACCCUCUUGAAAAAGCAUGGACAAAAUCAUCUAAUAUUUUCCUACUUGGAGAUUUUAACUGUAACUUUGCACAAAAUGCUAACACAGAAAGCGGCCUUGAAGCUUGGGGAAAUACGAAGAAACUAUUAAAUAUUUUCCAAAUGUUUGAUUUGAAUAAUGUAAUAAACGAAAUGACCAGAAUCACGUUAACAUCAGAAAGCACCCUUUCAUAUUGGUGAAAUCUUUGACGAUCCAAAUGAUAAACUUUGGACAUGGAAAAAACUGUUCAAAGAAAUUUGUGACAUCCAUGCGCCUUGGAAAGAAGUGAAAAUAAGGAGUAAGUCGUUACCCUGGAUGAACAACACAAUAAGACUUAAAAUAAACAGGAGAUUUAAACUCUUUAAGAAAGCUAUAAAAACCAAAUGCGCAGAAGAUUGGAACAACUACAAGAACUUAAGAAAUGAGAUUACGUCAGAGCUAAGAAAGGCAAAAGCUGAUUAUUUCUCGAACAUGUUCGGCGAGGUAACGACUUCUAAAGCAUAUUGGGAUUUGAUAAAAAAAUCCGUUUCACCAAAAGUUCGCCAAAAUAUCGGACCUAUCAAGAGAGAUAAUGGUACCCUAGCAGUGAACGAUGAAGAAAAAUCAAACCUAUUUAAUUCAUACUUCGCAACGAUAGGUGAAACAUUAGCUCUUUCUUUACCUAGACCCCCGACGACCACCCCUACGCAAAUGAAUGACUCUAGAAGAUCAUCAUGUGAUAAAAUUUGCAUAUCCCAAGACAACAUACAGAGGUAUAUUAUAAACAUAAACCCCAAAAAGUCAACAGGACCGGACGGCAUGUCCCCAAGGCUCUUAAAGUUAGCUGGAAAUGCAAUUAUACCAUCUUUAAUCGAUUUAUUUAUUUGGAGCGCCCAGGCAGAAGAAAUUUUCGAAAGUUGGAAACUUGCCAGAUUAACCCCGAUCUUUAAAAAGGAGGCCGAAGAAGACAGAGAGAAUUAUCGCCCCAUCAGUCUACUGUGCUUGCCGAGCAAGAUCCUUGAAGAAGAGGUAAAUAACACCAUUGUGAAACACGUCUUCGAAGAAAAUCAGUUAAUGACAGAUCGACAGUGGGCUUAUCGUCGCAGCUAUUCCACGGAACUACUUCUGGCUCACUUAACAGAAACUUGGAGAAAGGCUGUCGAUUCCGGCUUAAAAGUUGCCGUGGCCUUUAUAGAUUUUAAAAAGGCAUUUGACAGUGUAUCCCACCCAAUUCUAGAACACAAGCUUCAAAACGACUUUGGCAUCGGUGGCAGCCUGCUCACGUGGUUAAAAAUCUAUCUGAGAGACAGGACGCAGUACACGGUUGUGAAUGGUAAAGAAUCCUCUAUCGCUAAGAUUACCUACGGAAUCCCACAGGGAUCAGUACUAGGCCCCACCCUAUUUGCACUGUUUACAAACGAUCUACCUGAAAAUGUAGAAUCUGGAAAUGUUUAUAUGUACGCGGACGAUACGACGUUAUAUUGUAUCGGAGACUCAGCCGACGAAGUGGUAUCGACACUUAACAAAGCCCUGAGUGAACUUUAUGUGUGGUGCAUAGCCAACCAACUAACCCCACAUCCCCAAAAAAGUGAAGUGAUGCUCCUCUCAAAACAACGUAUAAUAGGCCCACUUGCCCCAGUUUUUCUAGGAGAGCAAAUGAUCAAGUGGGUAAAAAAGACGAAACUUCUCGGGAUGGUCGUUGAUGAGAAUCUCAGUUGGAAUGAACAUAUAUCGGAACUAAAACUGAAUUAUGUUAACAAAUUAAAUCUUGUAAAAACAUCAAGGUUUUUGCCGACAAGUGUACUAUUAGAUGUAUACUUUAAAGUCAUUCUUCCAUCCAUUACCUACGCACUGGUUGUCUGGGGCGGAUGUAGUAACAAGGAAAACUUCAAGUCAUUAGAACGCUUGCAUUGUAGAGCUGCAAGAAUUAUAUACAAAUUACCUAGAUACAUGCCAUCGGAAGAUGUGCUUUCCAAAGUCGGUUGGAACACAUUAUUCUUCUACUAUAAGACAGCUAUAUUGAAACUAAUUUGUAAAAUAAUUAAGAAUGUAACACCUAACUCGAUGUCAGACUUGGUAAGCAGACGAGAAUGCAAUUACUCUCUACGAGCCAAAUACCAACUAUCUGCACCCCGCUUCAAUACAAAAACUCUGAAGCUCUCUAUAACGUAUAGAGGUGCAACCUUGUGGAAUGAUAUAAAUCGAAAACAUAGCGAAAUAAACAUUGAUGAAUAUGACAAUGGUAACGCUUUCGUAAAAAAGGCCAUAAAAACAAUCACCUUCAAAGACUUUGUCUUUUUAUAGACAUAGUUAGUAAAUAGAUAGUAAUUAAUUCUUAUAUGUAAUUCAUAACUUUUGUAUAUAUCUCUAAGUGCACGACCCCACAAGCUUAUGCCUUAAAAAUUAUCGUGCUUAAAUAAAGUCAUAUUAUUAUUAUUAGAUAAAACAAUACCUGUAACCACGAUACGUACCCAUGCGUCUGACAAGCCAUGGAUGACGGCUUAUAUCAAAAAAGAGAUUAAAGCGAGGCAAAAAGCCUAUACUACUGGGAACAUGACCAAAUAUAGACAAUUGGCUGAUAAGAUCAUUACACUUAUCAAGAAAGCUAAAGCAGAAUUUUAUUCAUCUAAGGUCAAAAGCAAACGCAAACACGAUGCAGCAAAAUGGCAUAGAACGAUAUCCCAGUUAGCUGGCUUUGAAGAUGACAAUCUAAACAACAACUUAAUCCCAGACAGCACUCCCGAUACAGUGGAAAUACUGCAGAAUAUAUUUACUAAACCAUGGUCAAAACUUCCUGAAACCAUAAUCCCUAGUCUUGAAGACGUAGCGUCAUCACUGAGGCAAGAAAAUCCUCCUACUCCCUCAAUUGGACAGGUUAAGACUGCCUUGAAACAACUAAACUCUAAAAAAGCCACCGGGUCCGAUGGGAUUCCAGCAUGGGUGCUUAAACGAUACUGUGAAGAACUAGCGCCCAUCGUUCAUGACAUUAUUUGCGCCAGUAUAAAAGAAUGUGAAUAUCCAACUGCGUAUAAACACGCCUUAGUUAUCCCAGUUCCGAAGGUCAAUCCACCAAGAGAUAUCGAGAAUGACUUUCGCCAGAUAUCCAUUCUUCCCCAAAUGGCUAAAGUGCUGGAAAAGCUGCAGCUCAAACUGAACCUUCCCAGUUCACGUAUAAAUGAUAAUCAGCAUGCCUUUACAAGCAAACGAUCAACCGUGUCCGCACUCACCAACAUCUCGCAGAACUGGUUUAAUGUGACCGACAAUACUCAUAGCGCCAAAAAUGGAGUUCAUGCACUAUUCAUAGAUUUUCGCAAAGCGUUUGACCUUGUUGACCACGGAAUUCUAAUUCGUAAGCUCGCAGAAAUUAAUGUAACCAAAGCCUUUUGGCUAUGGACACGUAGUUUUCUGGAAGAUAGAAGACAACAGGUCAAACUAGCAGGAACCCUAUCAUCGGUCAAACCUUGUCCUGCAGGAGUCCCACAAGGUUCUGUGAUGUCCCCAGCUCUUUUUAAUAUUCACAUUAACGAUAUUGAGAACUCAAUCCCAGAUGGAUUAUCCAUAAACAUAUGCAAAUACGCGGAUGAUUGUACACAGGACGAAGUGGUGUCACAAGGUUCAUCCAGCCAUAUGCAGGAGGCCCUUGAAGCAGUACAAAGAAUGGUCUAA